AUGGCAGCGUUCAGACACUCCUGUUCUUCCAUCCUCUAUCUCUUUUUCAUCAGUUGCCGUAAGCAUUGUUGGGCUGAUUUUGCCUUCAAGCAUGGAUGUGAUUUACACUGUAAUGAUAUUAUGUGAAACAGAAUGAUUAAAAAGCAGGCAUAUGAUGUAUGAGGUCUAAAAGGCUAGCUCCAGAAAAAGCUUUUGCUCUCACUAGAGUGCCUAUUAGGACGGUGGAAGCCGAAGUUGCUUGUGGGGGUAAUUCUUUUACACAACUGUUUAUCAAUUCUUUUUUCCCCAUCCCUGGUAAAGACCCCAGUGUUUGAAGUGCAUUGGGAUGCAUAUCCAGGCACCCAAAAUGUCGCCAUGGGGUGUGCGCCUGUCUGGUAUCCCAUCCAGCCAUGCCCCUUUUCCAGGAUACUCUAUUACAUCUCUUCCCACUCCCAGUUUUCCAUUUUUCACCUGCAGUGGAAUAUCUUGCAACCUUUCCGUGCUGCGUUUGGGGUUCCCCCACCCCAAUGUUUUUGUCUGCUUCUUCCCCUGAACUUGCCAACACGUCCCUCUUGUGCAAAGAUAGCAUUGUUUUGGCUACAUGAGGUUUUGCACUUAGAGAGUGAGCUCCCUAUUGGUGUAUAGAAUUUGAAUAAACUUGUCUUUUGCCCCUGUUGCAUUUUGUCUCCCUUUUCCUGCUUUUUGGUGCUGCACUUUGAAUGUGUUUUGUCCAGCAGAAGACGGACGGGAGGGUUCUCAAAGACAGCACCUGCCUUGUCUUAACAACAGAAAAGAACAAGGCAGUUGAUGCAGCCACUGCAAUUUCCUUCCUUUAGGCUUGAUUACUUUCCUUUGAAACUGCUUUCCCUGCAAUCUUUCCUUGGUGUGAAUGGGAGGGUCCCUGCAGCUGUUUAGAGAAGGGCUGUAGCUCAGUGGUAUAACAUCUGUUUUGCAUGUAGAAGGUCCCUGGUUCAAUCCCUGGUACAUUAUUGAAUUAUAUCGCUGCUGUAACUUGAAUUUUUUAUAUAUAUAAUUGUAGAAGGGACAACGUGGAUCAUCUUGGACAACCCCCAGCCGUGCAGGACUGGAACCCACAGCCCUGAGAUUAAAAGUCUAAUGCUCUACUGACUGAGCUAAACUUCUUCUAUUAAUAAAAAAUAAAAAAUAUCCAGCAGCAGUAGAACAGAUGAAGUGUAAAAACAGAAUAGACUGCAAGCAGUAGCAGCUGUUGCUGAUAUUAACAGCCCAGGAAGAAUACUCUGGCUUCACCUCAGUUUGAAUAAAUCGCCUUUUACUAAAGAUUUCUGCGGGAAGGAGCAUUUAUAAGUUUCUAACUGAUUUUUUCCAGGUCCUGCUUCAGUAGGACUGGGAGUAAAAACAGUCCAAGAAGAACUGAGUAAAUGAAAAACAUAUAACGAAGGUGCCAAAAUGACCUGUCCAGUAUUAAUACAGGGCUGUGGCCUGAGGGGUGAAGUCCCUUUUGUUUGUGGGAGGGUGAAGAGGGGAUUUCAAAAAAUGCUUUAAGUAUCUCCCGCCUCCUGUCUCUGUCUUAUUGUAUGUCUUCAUAAUCCAGCUCUCCCAAGCUGCUCUUUGGGUUCCAUUUGUUGUAAGCGUCGCCCGUAGCAACGGGGCCUACAGGCAUUCCAGAAGCCAGACCCCUCACCAGCUUGCCUUCCCUUUGGCCUUGGUGGUAGAGGAGGGUGAAAACUCAGGAUGGUGGCGGCUGGACUUGCAGCUGGGAAGCAGCCUGUGCUGCUUGGUCUGUGGUGAUCAUUUCCCAUUAAGCAACCAGUCAUGUUGAGGAAACAGUGUUACUCAGGUUGAUGUUGGGGCUGCCAGUUCUCCACCCCACGCACCCCACCAGCACUUCUGUAUCGGAGGCAGAAAUUCAACAGGUGAAUAAGGUUGCUGCCCACAGGCAAGCCUAGAAAACAGCUUUUCUUCAGGAUUCCAACCAAGCUGGCCUCUGGGUGUAGAUAUCAACAUUUAAAGAGAAAAGAAGAUGUGAAUUUAUUCCAAGGCUUGUUUUGAGCUGGGGGUGGGGGGAGACGGUGUUAUUCCAGCUUGUAGCUUUUUCCCAAAACUUACUCCUGUUCCUUUUAUAGUACAGUAGUACCUCGGGUUACAGACGCUUCAGGUUACAGACACUUCUGGUUACAGACUCUGCUAACCCAGAAAUAGUACCUCGAGUUAAGAACUUUGCUUCAGGAUGAGAACAGAAAUUGUGUGGCAGCAGCGGGAGGCCCCAUUAGCUAAAGUGGUACCUCAGGUUAAGAACAGCUUCAGGUUAAGGCCAGAUCUCCAGAACGAAUUAAGUUCUUAACCCGAGGUACCACCGUAGCUGGAGAAGAACAGUACACAAAGCAUUUCUGUCUCUUGACAGCUGUUUAUUAUGCUGCCUUUCCUCGAGAGAGCUUAGUACUGCGAGCAUUUUGCUUCACUCACCUCCAAUUUUAAUUAAUUAAUUAGAACAUUAUAUAAGCCCUUCAUCAGGAGGCCGCCAAGGUGGGAAAUGCACCCAAAUUAAAACAAAUAUUAAAAACCUCCAAUGAAGGAGAGUCUGUUCCACUGUCUAACAGCUCUUACUGUCAGAAAGUUCUUCUUGAGGUUUAGUUGGAAUCUAAUGAAACCAUUGGUUUGAGUUCUACCCUUUGGAGCAGGAGAGAACAAGCUUGCUCCAUCUUCCAUGUGACAUUUGAGAUAUUUAAAGAUGGCUAGCCUAUCUCCUGUCAGUCUCCUCUUUUCCAGGCUAAACAUACCCAGCUCCUUCAACCCUUCCUCAUCAGGCUUGGUUUCCAGAUCCUUGAUCAUCUUGGUUGCCCUCCUGUGCACACUUUCCAGCUUAUCAAGAUCCUCCUUAAUUUGUGGUGCCCAGAACUGGACACAGUAUUCCAGGUGUGGUCUGAUCAAGGAAGAGUAGAAUGGUACUAUAACUUCCUUUAAAAGGGAUGCGGGUGGUGCUGUGGGUUAAACCACAGAGCCUAGGAUUUGUCGAUCAGAAGGUUGGCGGUUCGAAUCCCCGCAACGGGAUGAGCUCCCGUUGCUCAGUCCCUGCUCCUGCCAACCUAGCAGUUCGAAAGCACGUCAAAGUGCAAGUAGAUAAAUAGGUACCGCUCUUGUGGGAAGGUAAACGACAUUUCCGUGCGCUGCUCUGGUUCGCCACAUGCUGGCCACAUGACCCGGAAGCUGUACGCCGGCUUCCUCGGCAAAGAAAGCGAGAUGAGCGCUGCAACUCCAGAGUCGGCAACGACUGGACCUAAUGAUCAGGGGUCCCUUUACCUUUACAGUGGUAGCUCGGGUUAAGUACUUAAUUCGUUCUAGAGGUCUGUUCUUAACCUGAAGCCGCCGUGCCACCAGAGCACGAUUUCUGUUCUCAUCCUGAAGCAAAGUUCUUAACCCGAGAUACUACUUCUGGGUUAGCGGAGUCUGUAACCUGAAGCGCAUGUAACCUGAGGUACCACUGUAUAACUUCCUUUGAUCUGGGUACUGCAGCCUAGAAUAGCAUUAGCUCUUUUUGCUGCUGCAUCACACGGUUGAUGCAGCUGGUGGUCCACUAAGACCCCUACUGGCAAGCCAGGUGUCUCCCCAUCUUAUAUUGGUUCCCUACUGCAGAAAAGGUGAAAUUUGCAUUCAUUGUUCCGCCCUCUUUCUCCUCUAGCCCCGCCCACUGCUGCUAUGUGACCCGACUCAGCUCAAGCGAAUGCAACCCUUAGGCUGAAAAGGGUUCCUCUCUCUUGCUUUAGCGUCUCCUACGCAUAGCCCAAAGGGGGUGGGGGUGGUUAAAUGCACCGAGAUGUCUUUCCUAGAGAGACCCAGCAAGGCACAACAGAUGCAAAAACUCGGAGGACCGCUCUUCCGGCUUCCUCUCGUUGCAGCUGCAUCUGCAUAUAUAUGUAUAUUUAUUUCUAGUUUGGAAACAGCUGCAAGAUCGCCGGAUUGCAGAUCGCCCGAAGAGUGCAAUGCAACGGCUGCAAAGGGAAGGUGAGUUUAACGGAAGGAGGGAGAGAAUUCAGAGAAAGCGGAAUGUUUGCGCGGGGUGGGGGGUGGACCGCAGAAAAUCCAUGCUUGCAAAAAGGGAGCUUUGCAAAAUAAAGGCACUUUAAAGCCACUUUUCCCCGCCAGAUCAGAAGGCGCUCCCUUUCACUGGCACCAGUGGGGUAUAGAGAGGUAUACAAAGUUAAUAAGUUGUUGUUGUUGUUGUUGUUUCAGUGGGACCAGGAUCAAAGCUGUAGGGGUGGUGAGGAAAAGGAAGAGAGAGGCUCUGGGUGCAAUGCUUGUUGCAACCAGCCAUUUCCAAGGGGGGUUGCAAGCAGCAGGAACAUUGGUGCACUGAGUCAGACCAUUGGUUCAGCUAGCUCAGUCGUGUCUGCACACUGACAGGUAGCAGCUUCCAGGGAUCUCUCCCAUUCCUACCCGGAGAUACUUGGGGGGUAGAAUCUGGAACCUUCUGUGUGCAAAGGAGAUGUUCUUCCACUGAGCUAUGACCUUUCCCAAACAGAAAACGUUGUUUAUGAAUAAACAACGUGGGGUGGGGUGGUUGAGCAAGAACUGAGUUCCCUUACCUUUUCAAAAUUAAAUAAUUGGGGUUUUUUUGUCUGGGAGGAGCUGAAAUGGAUAAUACCCCCAAUGCCUGAGCAAAAGAAAUACCACCUUGGCCAUUUCUAAUCCAGAUCACUGUCUGCUUGAGUUUAUUAAUCACAUCUUAUAUUUUGGCCCAGCGCCUGGGUUGUGUGUGUCUGUGGCACUGCGACUAGGCCCGAAAUAAAAUAAAUAAUCAAACAAACUUUGUGGUGAACUCCCCCAUAAAAAAGCACUGAUUAAUAGUAAGGAAAUAAAAAGAGCCCUGAUCCAGCAGAACUUCACGUUCUUAUUUCUUCAUGGGGCCUGUUGCCAUCAUACUUCGCUUGCAGGCACCCUGUAUGUAUGUGUCAGGCACCUGAGUGAAAAGGAUGCUGAACUACGCAGACUUUUGGUCUGAUCCAUCCAUCCAUCCGUCUGCUUGUCUUGCAGGGUGGAGGCUGCCCCAGUCGAAAGAGAUGGAUCAUUUACUGCACCUGCUUCUCUUUGACAGACAGGCAAUAUCAAUGGCUGCUAGCUCUGGGGGCUAUGUUAUCAGUCCACUGUCAGAGGCAAUGUUUGCCAGCUGCUGGGAGUCGGUACUGUACUAGAUGGACCAUAGACCCAAUCCAGAAGGCUUGUCUUAUGUUCUUUACGGUCUCCCCAGACAGGGCGUAUGAUUGCUAGAUUGCUGUCCUUGUGACUAGUUAAAUAGUUACCUGAUGAGGGCCUGAUAAACCUUCCUCCGCAACAGAUUGCUUUCAACACCUUUGGGAGGAAGGUGGUGAAAUGAGGUCAAAGAUUUUUUGUUGUUGUUGUGACAUUGAUUGUUAAUUUGCAGGGCAGAAAGAAAUAAAAACAGAGAAGCAGGACUCCGAUGGAUCUGAAAAGGGGGACAAGCCAGAGGGGGGCGAAACAGACUGUCAUGUCACCCAGGUGGGGACCAGCACAGAGCUUCCGGCUGGGAUGGCUCCAAAGCCAAUUAAGCAGGAACCUGAGGAGGGGCUGCAGCCAUGCUGGGAGGCCCAGUGGCAGGAGUUCCUGAAGACCAUGCAGGCCCCUUGCUUAGGAUGGAGACCCUCACAGCUGUCUCUGCCGCACUCAGGGGAAGGCCCAAAGGAAUUCCGGGCCUCCUCUUGGCCGAGAAGAGGGUGUGCCACCCCGAUUCUCCCCAGCCUUCCUAGAGAAGCCCUCCAGAAGGCCUAUGAAAGCAGCCCAGAUCCCCCUGCAAGAGUGAAAGAAGAGAUGAUGGAGGAGGACGAGCCCAUUGGCCUGGAGACUCGGUGCCAGUGCUUCCGGCGGUUCUGCUACUGGGAGGCCGAGGGUCCCCGCGAGGUGUGCAGGCGGCUCCAGGGGCUUUGCCGCCAGUGGCUGAGGCCCGAGAGGCACAGCAAGGAGCAGAUCCUAGAACUGGUGACCCUGGAGCAGUUCCUAGCUGUCCUGCCCCAGGAAAUGCAGAGGUGGGUCAGGGAAGGCUGCCCACAGACUUGCGCCCAGGCGGUGGCCCUGGCAGAGGAUUUCCUGCUGAGGCUGGAGAGGAGAGAAGAACCGGUGAGUGCAUUCUGCUUGGACUCAAUCCUGAAGACUUAUGCAGAAAAUGCAUCCUACUCUUGGAUGUAAUUAAUCUCUCUCUCAGGUUGCACAUCUUUCCUCUCUGUGCCAUUGUGCAGGUGGGGAGUAGUUAAAUCAGGGGUGUGGAAACUGAAUCAUAGCUCCUUGAGGUAUGAUUUUCAUCAGAUCUCAAGGACCACGUCUCCCCAUAUGAAGCAACCUGGACCCUGCAAUCAUCAUCUGAGGCCCUUCUUUUUUUAAAAAAUAAUAAUAUUUAUUAAAGUUUUGAAUAAUACAAAAAAGAAAAAGAAAAAAAAAAAUUCAUCCUUUACAAUCCCAUUUUCAAUAACUUUUUUCCGCGACUUCCCCUCACCUCCCCUUCUUGUAUUCCAAGUCCAAAUAUUUAUCCAACAAGUUCUUAUCCCUAAUUUUUUAACCUUAGUUUGUCAUUAUAUUUAUUUAUAUUAAAUUUUUAACCUUAAUUCGUUAUUAUAUUUAGUUCAAUUUAUAUAUCAACUUUUAACUUAUAUACCUCAAUCAUUUGUAAAAAACUUUUUCUAAGGUCGACCCUGUUUCCCUUCCAUGAAUUCCCCAUUCUUAUACUAAUAGCAACACAGAAUUAAACACAGAAUAGAAAAAAUCACGCCCCCUUUGGAUUUCCAAACCCCACCCUCCCUUCCCCGGUUUCAAUCCCAAAACCAUAGUCCAUCUAUUAUCAGCCUGGCAACCUCACGUCCGAGACCCUUAAAUCUCUCUCAGUCCCUUUCUGCCGGCUUCUUUGAAAGUCCCUUGUAUUUAACACCCAGUCUUGGAGGGGCACUCUCUCUAUAAUAUCCAUGUUCCUUCCAGCCGGGCCUCCUUGUUUAAAGGUGGAGCUCAAAUCCUGUUUCUUAGAUCCAAAUGUCCCAAGAGCUCCAGCUUCCACCUUGAUCAAAUUAAUAGUCCAUAAAUCUUCAGAUCCCCACAAAAGAAGAUCUUUCCAUUCCUCAUUUCUAAGUUCAAACCAAGUAGGCCCAUCUGAGGCCCUUCUUUGUGUGUCUCCUCUGCAAGGCAUCCGCAGUGUGACAACAUAAGAACAGGCCUUUUCUGUGGUGGCUCCCCAUUUUUGGGAUGCUCUCCCCAGGGAGGCUCGUCAGGCACCUCCAUUACAUACAGACAAAAACCAGUCCUCUUUUCCCAGGCCCUUGAGUAAUUAAACAAUCUAUAGCCUUUUAAACUGUGGUUUUUGUUUGUUAUUAUGGUGUGUAUUCUUAUAUUUUUAUACUAUAAACCACCCUGUGAUUUUCAGAUGGGCAGUACAGAAAUUUAAUAAAUCACCAUCCCUGAUGUUUGGCAUGUGCUGGCUGGGGCUGAUGAGAAUUGGAAUCCAAUCGGGAGGACCACAGAUUCCUCACCCCUGAGUUAAAGGAGCCCUCCCUGUGCAGAGGCAGUCUUUCUUUGUAAUACCAGGUUGCUGGGAUAAAGAAUGGAGGCAGGUGAAGUUUUCAAUACCCUUUUGUUUAAAAGGGACAUUUGGUUGCCUGCUGUGCUUAUUAUUAUUAUUAUUUACAUUAUUAUCCCAUCUUGCCUCGCAGGAGCUCAAGGUGGCUUACACAGUCCUCCUCACAACAACCCUGUGAGGUAGGUUAGGGUGAGAGCAAACAAAUGGCCCAAGCUCACCCAAUGAGCUUCAUGGCUGAGUGGGGAUUUGAGCUCUUAUCUCGCAGGUCCUAGUCCAACACUAACCGUUACACCACAACGACUCAUCAAUACAGUGGUACCUCAGAUUACAUACGCUUCAGGUUACAUACGCUUCAGGUUACAGACUCCGCUAUCCCAGAAAUAUUACCUCGGGUUAAGAACUUUGCUUCAGGAUGAGAACAGAAAUCGUGCUCCGGCGGCACAGCGGCAGCAGGAGGCCCCAUUAGCUAAAGUAGUGCUUCAGGCUAAGAACAGUUUCAGGUUAAGAACGGACCUCCGGAACGAAUUAAGUGCUUAACCUGAGGUACCACUGUAGUUAUCUGCUAUAUAGAUAAGCCUUUCCCAACCUGUGGUCCUCAAGACGGCAACUCUUGCAGGUGCUGCUCCACUACGUCUCCCAUCACCUUCGGCCUGGCUGGGGCUGAUGGGAGUUGGCCUGAUCUAGCAGGGCUGUUUUCUGAAUGGUAUCCCCUGUUCAGUUUCAGGAGCUGGAGCCUUUCGAGCGGGUGAUUGUUAAUUCCCCCAAGGCAGAAAAGGACCCCUCGGACACCGAAGAGUUGCAGCUCCCCAUGGCGGUUGAGCAGGACAGCGAUGGGGAGACGAACUUGCUCAGUAAGUGUUGCUGGAAGAGGAGAGCCUGGGGCUGAUGAAACGGGCUCAUACUGGAACCAGAUCUGAGGAAGCGAGAGGCAUUCCCUUAGGAGAAGCCCAUUCCACAGGGGAUGGGGAUGAACACCUAUCUUCUCAUGCCAUGGAUACUUCUCCAGUGGGUGGAGGGUUCGUGGUAGUGGGCGAUUUGAUCAUUAGGAAUAUAGAUCAUGCUGCAUUUGCAAGAAAUCUAUAUUUUAACGCACACUUUGGAACUCACUGCCUGUUGACGUCAGGCAGGUGCCUUCACUGUACUCCUUUCAGUGCCAGCUAAAAACAUUGUUGAGGCAAGCCUAUUAAGACAUGUUGAACGCUGGCGUGUGUUUUAACCUGUUUUUUAACUCAUUGAUUUCAGUUAUUUUUGAUGGUUUUAAAUUGUUGUUUUAAACUCUCUUCUUCCUGAUAGUUUCGUUGUUUUAUUCUUUUUGUAAACCUCUUUGAGGGUUCUCCCCCUGCAGUCCUGGUUAUAUACAGUUUAUGAAAUAAAAUGAUAAAAUAUUGAAGACAGAUAUACUGACUUUUUCUACCCCCUGCCUAAUUUUUUAGCCUUCUUUCAUGCCAUCCCCUGCCACUGCUCCAUGUUUUUUUCUAAAUGGAAAAACCUCAAAUUCUUUAAACCAGUGGUUCCAAAACUUUUUCAGGCGAUCACCCCCUUGAUUCCAUAAACUCAUAUGACUCCAGUGUUCCCUAUCCUAUAAAAAGCAUUCUUCAGAAUAGUGGUUUGCACAAGCCACAAAAAAGACAGAAACACAAUAAUGUUCUAAACGGCAACAAUCAAUUGCGCAUUUAUUCAAAAUCCAGUUAAAACUAUUUAAUUACUUCAACAAAAUGGAUGAACUUGAUGCAGUAAUCUCAGCUUUUCAAAGUCUGAUAGACACCCCCAGAGCCAGAACUGCCACCCAGUUGCCUCUUAGCCCCCCUCCCCAGCACUGCCAACAUUGGGCACUAUUCCUUUAGACCCACAUUCUUGUUCUCUCUUUGUUUUAUUAGGUGAUGGGCAGCUUAGCGAGAAUGAGGAGGAGAAUUGUCAGCUGGAGAGACGUGAGCAAGCUGAAGCAAGGUGGGCGCCCAGAGAAAAAACCCGAGGGGAAUUUACCCAGGAUUCUCUGUUUGUUUCCGGAACUGAGAAGAAGGAGAAGAAUCUUCAUGUAGAAAGACCCAAGGGAGUGGAACUUAGCGAGAUCUCCUUGGAAAAGGGCAAUGGGGCUUUGUUCCAGGUGUCUGAAGGGCCCGCAAGUCGGCAGGGGGUGAAGAAGCUCCAGGAAGACCCUCUGGGAAACACCCUGAGGAAAGGCUUUGACUGCAGAGAAGAAGAUGCUCUACGCUUCAACAAAAACCCCUCCCAAGAGAGAAUCCCCGAUGAGAAGGCAGAGUGCAGGAAAAGCUUCACCCAGAGCCCCGACGUAUCUCGUCCGGAGAAGGCGCUGUCAUACGAGUGCUCCUACUGCGGGAAGAGGUGGCCUUGCCAGUCCCAGCUGCGCCGGCACGUGAAGAUCCACACGGGGGAGCGGCCCCACAAAUGCACGGACUGUGGGAAAAGCUUCAGCACCAGCUCCAACCUCAGCCAGCACAAGCGAGUCCACACUGGGGAACGGCCAUACAGCUGCAAAGACUGUGGGAAAAGCUACCGGCGCCGAGCGUCGCUGCUCCAGCACGAGCGGGAGACCUGCCGGAAGGGUAGCCACUUAAACGCCCCGGCGCUGGGUUACGUGGUCCUGGGCAACUGCACUUUGCUUUGCAUGAAAAAGUCGGCGCAGGGCGGGAGGAACCGCGUGAUCGCGCCAAAGGGAGGGGAGGCCCCCCUAGCCGCUCAGCCCUUAAAUACGUUGACGGGAUAUGUGCCGGAAAGUAGCCAUCCCAAUGAUUAG